AAUCUGGAAACAUCCUUUGUUAACCAGUUGUAUGAUUCUGUGAAUCUUCUUGGCUCGAACUCACAAAAGGAGAAGUUAUCAAGGCCUGAGUCAUCAAGGCGAAAACAUUAUACCUCUUCUGGCCAGUUUAAAGUUCUUCGAGACGGUUGCUGGAAGAAGGUCGAUUUCCAAAGACCUGGAGUUCAACUUCAUAAAACAAAUGACUCGCAUUCUCUUGUGGCAAGCCCUUGGAUCCAGCACUUUAGAUCUGGAUCUAAGACAAGUGUUUUAGCCUCCUGUACUCUUCAAGACAGUUCUUCAUCCAGAGGUAAAAAUGCAAACAAUUUAGAUGUGAAUAAAGCAGUUUUCUGUAUAUCAGCUCCACAAACACGUACAUGCAUGUCAUAACUCAGAAUUGGCAAGACUGUGAACAUAACAUUUU